AACAUAUACGAAGAUAACCGAGUGAAAUCUCUGCGUUCGGUUCGGUUCGGCUCGGACGUGCUUGUCCGGUAUGACGACUGCCCUUCCGGUACGAUGAGUCCGAACGAGGAUAACCAAUGCUUCGAAACAGAAAAACAAGAUUCUAUGGAUGCUUUUGGGAAACAAAAUCAGGAUUACUACAGGGUCGAUAAAAUAUCAUAUGAUUUCCAAAGAAAUUUUGGGAUUGAGGAUGAUCGAGAAGUCAACACGAGGAACAACAAUAAAUCUAUUUCUUCUCCUUCUAUUCCACCAAAGACAAGGCUGGCCAUGAAGCUGCAAUAUAUUUUUGGACUCAAUGAUAUUGAAAAUGAGGGCGAAGAUAGUUUAGAACACAGUUCAUCUUUAGUGAAGUUUACAACCAUAUCACCAUCAAAAAUGAAGAAGAAAAAUAAGAAAAAGAAUGCAAGAAAAGUAAUUUCAAUAAUUGCACCACCGAAAGAAAUUUCUCCAGCAAAUACAACAGACAAUUCAGUAUCUGAUACAUCUGUUAAUCAAGGAUGUUAUGGAAUUUAUCCUGGCAAGUCGAGGUGUUCCAGCUUUUUCUUGCAUCCUCAGGCAAUUACAUCGAGUGUUUCUCUGUUUUUGAAAAACGAGGCAUUUUUUCAAAAGUUGUGCAGUCAGUAUAGUGAAGGCAGUAGUUACUGUGGAAACGACUCACAGAUAUGGAAGUAUGCAAUGUCAUCAUCUGUAGGAUCUGUGAGAUCUUAUGUUGCUCUUCGACAGGCUGAAGGAAAGUUGGCAUUCGAUUGUAGACCAAGUAAGUUCUAG